AUGAGUGAUGACACGCAGAGCUUGAAAUUGUUGUCGCUCGAUGGAGGCGGAAUUCGGGGACUGUCGUCGCUCAUUAUUCUCCGUCACCUGAUGAAAAGAAUCAAUGAGAAGGACCCUCCCAAGCCGUGCGAGUACUUCGACUUGAUUGGGGGAACCAGCACUGGUGGCUUGAUUGCUAUCAUGCUAGGGCGUCUCCAGAUGAGUGUUGAUGAAUGUAUCGACAAGUAUCUGAGCCUUUCGGCAGAGGCAUUCCAAAGAAAACGGCUCAAAUCAAAUAUUGCUGGCCGAGCAAAAAGUCUUUGGAAGGCUGAGGGGGCCUAUCAGAGCGAUGCUUUGGCUGAUGCUUUCAAGGAAGCAGCACGCCUGUUUGAAGGAGAUGAAGAUGCAUUGCUUCUCUCCGCGGAGCCGCAAUGCCGGGUAUUUGUGUGCUCAUUCGCGAAGAUGAUGAACACCAGAACGCUAUUCCGAUCUUAUCCAUUGGAAGCGGGUCGUGGUUCGACCACAACCACUGGUUGCACCAUCUGGGAGGCCGCCCGUGCUACCUCAGCCGCAGCAACAUUCUUCGAUCCGCUCAUCAUUGGCUCACAGGCGUACGUAGACGGUGCUACAGGACUGAAUAAUCCGGUAGAGGUAGUCCUAGAUGAAGCAAAGGCUAUCUGGCCCAACGCUCUAUCAAGAAUUCAUACUAUUGUUAGUAUUGGGACUGGGGUACCUCCGCCAAAUGACUUUGGCGACAACCUGAAGGGCAUAGCUCAAACGCUUAAAGCUAUUGCAACAGACACCGAACAGACCCAUCGCAGAUUUUUCAACAUUCAUGGUGACUUGGGGCUUCAAGAUCGCUACUUUCGUUUCAAUGUUAUUCACGGUCUCUCAGGUGUCCGACUGGAUGACCACGGCAAAAUCCCUAUCAUCGAAGCAUCAACCGAGGCAUAUAUCAGCUCACCAGAAACACAGGCCCAAGUGGUGCAGCUCAUCUCGACCCCUUGCACAAUCACAGAAUACGUUCCACUGGAUCAAAGGGAUGACUAUCUCGGAUGGCUACCAUGGAUCGAUCAGCAGCAUUAUCUCAACGAAGCCGUGGAUAAAAGCAGGACAGAUGAGUCUGGACUCUGGUUUGUAGAAAGGUAUUUGAACGAAUGGCAGCAGAGUCCUGGUACCAUGUUUUGGAUAAGUGCACCGGCUGGUUCGGGUAAGACAGUCCUCGCCUCCAUCGUCACUCAAAAGAUUCAGGGCCUCAACAUAGGCGUGGGAGCAUACUACUUUUGCUCUUUUCAGAAUAGGGACACUCAGACCCUCCGACAAUUCAAGCAUGCUCUGCUGGUCCAGCUUCUUAAGGGGCUCUCACAUUAUCACCCGCACAAGAAAGAAGUGUUCAUACCGAGAGCAUUCCAAGACCUUCGGACGAAGGUCUUCCCUUCGAAUAGUCCCAGUAUGGAUGAUCUCGAUAAAACAAUAAUUAUUCUGAGUAACCAAGCAGCGUGUUCCUUCAUCAUUCUCGAUGCCCUGGACGAAUGCGAAAGCCAACGAGCCCGUCAAGAGAUCUUGGACUUCCUCUCACAGCUCUUGGAAAACGUUGUCUCUGACUUGCAUAUCAUGGUUUUCAGCCGACCUGAACCUGAUAUAGAAGGGCAUAUUGCACAGCUCCCUGUAAAAACGCGACUUAUUCCUCUUGAUGCCCGUGCCAUCAAUUUUGACAUUGAGAGGCACCUGAAAACAUUGAUGGACCAUCAUCCCUACAAGGCAUGGACAGAAGACCUCAAAAUGGAGGUUUGUGACCAUAUCAUGAAGCUGGCUCACGGAAACUUUCGUUGGGCCGACCUCCAAAUCCAGUCAGUCCAUGGUAAGUCCAGGGCUGUCGACAUAAGGAGAGCCUUGAAGCGUCUCCCACGCACCCUAAAUGAGACAUACGAACGGAUGCUCCAGACAAUAGACAUGAACGACUAUGGAAUGGAGGCUCUAGCUAUUCUAAGAUGGCUGUGUGUUGCGGCUCGUCCCAUGCGUGUCAAAGAAAUCGCCGAACUUGCCGCUUUCGAGGUCUGCAACGAGGCCGCCGACAUAGGUCCAACGUCAGAUAAGUACGAAGUAUCAUUCGUGGCCUUGAAUAGAUUUCCCACGUCAUCGGGGAUCACCAGCAUUCUCUCUGGACUGAUCACCAUGACCAAACCUUCAAGGAGAGUGCAACGCUUAAGCCACUUUUCGUCAGAUUCGUCGGAUUCGUGGUCUUCGUUGACUUCGUCGGAACAAGAACUUGAACAAUCCUUUCAUGAAGACAUGUUCAUUUCGUUUUCUCACUUCUCUGUUCUCGAAUAUCUACAAUCGGACAAUAUCUCACCACUGAAUUACAAGAUUCGGCUGCCUGACUGCCACUGGUAUGUUGCAAAAGCCUGUCUGGCUUACAUUGAUCACUAUGAUACAGAAAGCACCGAUGAGAUCCGCGUCGCAUAUUAUCCGCUCUUGAGCUAUGCGUGUUUCAACCUUUGCGAGCAUAUCAAUGAUGCGGCGAGUGGAAGUUCGAAGAUGGAUGUACACGCGUUGGAGUUGCUUCUCCGCACACAAACAUCUAAAGGAGGAUAUGCAGCGAAACUGACCGCAGCGUUGAACCGCAUAGACCUCGGAAGUCAAUCGAUGACAGUUCCACAGGAAGUCCACAAAAUACGGGGACAUGAUACGAAACUUUUGGACGGCAUUCAGGUGCUACUUGGCGAUUCGUUACUUUUGAGAUUUGCGAUCGAAGCUGGAUUUGAUAUGCCUGAAGACAGCAUGCUAGACGCGGUCAUGGAUUGCAGAAGUUCCGAAACAAUCUGUUUUGGUCCGACUUCCGACGUCCUCAGGAGCGACCACUCUCACCCGUCGGUCGUGCUAAAAUCUUCCAACGACAGAGACAUACCAAUUGACAAACUGAGUAUCUCACAUGGCUCGAACCAAACGAUAGGGAACAGUAGACGCGCGGCAGCAUGGGAGAUACUCUUCCGUCACACGGCAGUCCAUAUCAACGCGAAAAAUUAUUUUGACCAAACGGCGCUUCUUUCGGCUGCUCUGCACGGAGAUUUCGACCUGGUGGCUUAUCUCCUCGCAAAGGACUCCGUAGAGACUAACUGCCGUGAUUGCCAUGGCUGGUCUCCUUUGAUAUGUGCCAUCAUAGGGGGCAACAGCAAGAUUAUAGACUUCAUGCGAAUAUAUGUUGAUAACGAUUUGACGGCGGAAGACUUCCAAGGUUGGAAUGCAAUGAAUUGGGCUUCAUACCGAGGCUACGACAACAUAUUUUCCCCGAAUCUAAGGCAUGUAAGCGAACAAGGACCACCGGCCAUGGUUCGUGCUAGUGUUGUUCAAUCUUGGAAAUUCAGUAAGCCAGCAAGCAAGAUCGAGUUUUCUCCUGAUUCUACCAAGCUAGCGGUCUGGUGUUGGAGAACCAGAAAUAUCUUGAUAUUGUCCCUCGAAUCCGAUGAGAAUCAACACAUAGCCUUUGACGAUGACCAUAUUCUACACCUAGCGUGGAGUCCCGACAGUUCGAUGAUAGUAAUGGUGUCAGAUUGGCAGAUAGUACUCUGCGAUAUAAAGACCGGAAAUGCGAGGUUUACAUUACACGGAAUCGAGAAUAAAAUCCCCAACUGUAUAUGGGCUCCCGAUUCUAAGUCAUUUUGGGUUUCAAAACUAGAUAGGCCCGCCGAGACUCUCUUCCGUGUCGUCCUUGGUCAACACCCUGAUCAGAGUGAUGACACACCAACGAGAUUGAACAUUAAUUCCGAUGUUUCUUCUCGCAUUGCAUCCAUUGAACGACUCAGACUGCCCGGCCCUGGAUUCAGGGACAUGGCUGUGUCCCCGGACGGGCAGUUUCUCUGCGCUGUCUCUGCGCAAUCCCUACAGGUGUUCUCAACAGAAACUUGGGAGCCUCUAUGGGAGGAGGAGGCAGUCCAUAACGAUCCCAUCGUGACAAUAGGUCGGUGCUCGAAGGUCUUGCUCGUCGAUUCACUCAGGAGAGGCUGCCAGAUGCGAGAUAUCAGUAAUGGUGCCUUGUUGUUUACUGUAUCAAAACACAGUCCAUGGCUUCAUCGCCGAGGCUAUUUUGGAGGUGUAAAUGACGAGUUCAUCUUGACCACAGACGAAGGUAAGGAGAUGCUAACUACUGGAUCAAACCUGCGCUGA